CCGGCCGCCACGCGACUUCAGUUUAAACAAACCAGCGCGCGUCUCUGCACGCCGGACCCGCCGCGUUUUCACACUCUCGUGUAUUUAUUAGCUUUGUCAACCAGAACAUCUCUGUUAAAAUACCGGAGAACACACUGUGAAGUUUGCAUUCUAUCCAGGUGCCUUGGAUGCACUGUGGUCCCAGCUGUAUUUCCAUUCUAGUGACACUGGUGAGGAGCAGCAUGCGUUCUCACAUUCCCAACAGCGAAGCCGUGAAGUGGUCCAGCCACUGAGUACAGUGGUCUUACAAGGUCCUGGACCUCCCCACAGACUCAACUGAGAUUGUCCUGCCCCAUCUGACCUCAGCUAGGCUGAACUUCCUUUAAUCGUGCCCUGUCUUGUGUGAAAUAGAGAGAAAAAGUGUGUAGUGCCAUGGCUUUUACUCUUUCGGAAAUCAUGGCAGCCCGGCGACAGCAGCAGCAGCAGCAGACUCAAAGAGGAGGAAGAGGAGCGAUUGAGGUGGACGAAUACAGCGCCAACCCGACUCAAGCCUUCACCUUUUACAACAUCAACCAGGGUCGUUUCCAGCCCCCCCAUGUCCACAUGGUAGAUCCGUUGCCCCACGAUACCCCAAAGCCUCCAGGUUACACGCGGUUCGUCUGCAUCUCGGACACGCACUCGCGCACAGACACCAUUCAGAUGCCGUAUGGUGACGUGUUGCUACACACGGGAGACUUCACAGAGCUCGGCCUACCCAGUGAGGUCAAGAAGUUUAAUGACUGGCUCGGCACUCUGCCCUAUGAGAUCAAAAUCGUUAUAGCCGGGAACCACGAGCUGACGUUUGAUCAGGAGUUCAUGGCUGACCUGAUAAAACAGGAUUUUUACUACUUUCCCUCAGCCUCCAAACUCAAGCCGGAGAACUACGAGAACGUUCAGUCCCUGCUCACCAACUGCAUCUACCUGCAGGACUCUGAUGUUACUGUCAGAGGCUUCCGAAUCUACGGCUCGCCGUGGCAACCAUGGUACUACGGCUGGGGUUUUAAUCUACCACGAGGACAAGCUCUACUGGACAAGUGGAACCAAAUCCCAGAUUCCACGGAUAUCCUUCUCACACAUUGCCCUCCUCUGGGUUUUUUGGACUGGGUGCCCAGAAAGAUGCAACGUGUUGGUUGCAUGGAACUACUGAACACAGUUCAGAGGAGAGUUCAGCCCAAACUACAUGUUUUUGGACACAUUCAUGAAGGUUACGGUAUGAUGACCGAUGGAACCACCACAUUCAUUAAUGCUUCUGCGUGCACAGUGAACUUCCAGCCUGUGAACGCGCCCAUCGUUUUUGACUUGCCCAAUCCCAGGAGCUCAUGAUUGAACCACGGCGCACCCACUACUGCAUUUUUCCAAUCAGGGUGUACAUAGUGUAUAUACAGUAGAGCUGGAGGGAGAGACGCUUUUUGGGUAUUCCCAAGAAAAUUUCAUCCAUUUUGUGCCGUGCAUUUUGCCUCCUCAAAAUGGACUUUCGAACUCUUUUCUGAAAUUGACUUUUGCGUUGCACUUGAAUCGGCGUGACAAUCGCGUGUAUUUAUACGUUCAUGGAAACCAAUCAGGGCUCGAGAUGAUGGGAAGCCAUGCUUUCUCAUCAUUGGCUGGCACUUAUUAAAGGAACUUCGUAACCUUGUAGCCUCAAUGGACUUAAAAAAUCCCCAGCUUCUUUAUUUUUUGCUCUGGCUCCAUCCUUGAACGCUCCAGGAUGUACCCAGAGAGCGCUAUGGUGCAGACAAGUUUGUUCAGGGUCUCCUUCUUCGAGUCUUAGUCUUUCAUCCUACUUUUCCUCUCUGUUAAAUCUGCUUUUUCUUGUUAUAUGUUGCUCUUUUUAACUCAGGGGCCAUGUUGGAUGUCAGUGGGAGAAAAGUCCUGGCCCUAUUUAGGAAUGUAAUGUUUUGAAAUAUUGAUGGUUUUAAAAAAGAAACAAAAAAUUGCCAUUCAUGCAUUGUUCGAUUUACUGUAAACGUGUAAACUGUGGGUGUGUUUUAAAGCAAACUGUCUAUUACUGAAGCUGUGUGAAUUUUUACAGUAGUUUGAAGUGUUUGUUUAAGGUCAAAUAUUUAAAAGCUUUUCAUUUAACGUCUCAACAUGCGCACAAAGCGCCCUUUUGCAUAACAGUAAUACGUUGCACUUUGAUCCACAUGAUCUCCACUAUAAUUUAUUAACAUUCCUCCUGGCGAUAAUUUAUUCCCAUGUGUUUUACAGCUCUUCUGCAUUAACCGUGUGUGGUGUUAAGCCUAAUAUGACCAUUCUGUUGCAGAGGGUUUUUAUUUGCUCCGUAUAAAUGGAUGAAUAAAAGCUAACAAAUUAU